ACAUCCCUUCCCGCUACCUUCCUUGGUUCCCCAGCGACGUCGAGGUCAUCCUGCUGCUCCUACUGUAAGUAGUAGAGCCUUAAUGCAGGACACCCCCAGACCUCUUCUGUCAGAGGAAAUCUCUUCUGCACAGCCUGAGCGUCCUCGGGCCCUGGAACCUGGCAGGAGUCUGUCUGUGGUUGUGUCACAGCAGAAACCUGUCCAGGUUGUGCGUCCUCUGGGCCGGCGUACACGUUGGGGUCGUGUCGCACCGGCUCAGCAGGUCCAGCCCUCGCCCGCUCGGCAGUUAUGGGCUACACAUAUCGCUUGUGUCUCACUGCCUAGAUUUAUAAGCAGAGGGAAGGACCGACCUGUUCAGGUUGUGCGUCCUCUGGGCUGGCCUACACACGAGGGUCAUGUCGCGCCCGCUCGGCAGGACCGGACCCCGCCCGCUCGGCAGGACCGGACCCCGCCCGCUCGGCAGGACCGGACCCCGCCCGCUCGGCAGGACCAGCCCGCUGCUGUCUCACAGCAGAAACCUGUCCAGGUUGUGGCUCCUCUGGGCCGGUCCACACUUGAGGGUUGUGUCGCACCGGCUCAGCAGGUCCAGUUCUUGCACCCUCAGCGGUUCCUGCCUACACCGAUCACUGGUGUCUCACUGCAGAGACCUGUCCAGGUUGUGCGUCCUCUGGGCUGGCCUACAUCUAGUCCAGACCCCGCCCACUCGGCAGGUCCAGAUCCUGCCGCUCGGCAGGACCAGAUCCCGCCCGCUCGGCAGGACCAGAUCCCGCCCGCUCGGCAGGACCAGACCCCGCCCGCUCGGCAGGUUCGGCAGGACUGGCUCUUGCCCACUGCUGCCUCACAGCUAGUCCAGACCCCGCCCGCUUGGCAGGACCAGACCCGACAGUUCGGUAGGACCAGACCCCAACCGUUUGGCAGGACCAGACCCCGACCGUACGGCAGGUCCAGACCCCGUUCGCCCGGCAGGUCUAGCUCUUUCCCGCUGGUCUCACAGCUAGUCCAGACCCUGGCCUCUCGGCAGGACCAGAUCCCGCCCCCUCGGCAGGACCAGAUCCCGCCCCCUCGGCAGGACCAGAUCCCGCCCUCUAGGCAGGACCAGAUCUCGCCCGCUCGGCAGGUCCAGACCCUGACCAUUUGGCAGGACCAGACCCGACAGUUCGCUAGUCCAGACCCCGGCCUCUUGGCAGGACCAGAUCCCGCCCCCUCGGCAGGACCAGAUCCCGCCCCCUCGGCAGGACCAGAUCCCGCCCCCUCGGACCAGAUCCCGCCCCCUCGGCAGGACCAGAUCCAGCCCCCUCGGCAGGACCAGAUCCCGCCCGCUCGGCAGGUCCAGACCCCGACCGUUCGGCAGGACCAGACCCGACCGUACGGCAGGUCCAGACCCCGGCCGCCCAGCAGAUCUAGCUCUUUCCCGCUGGUCUCACAGCUAGUUCAGACCCCGCUCCCUCGGCAGGACCAGAUCCCACCCCCUCGGCAGGACCAGAUCCCGCCCCCUCGGGAGGACCAGACCCUGACUGUUCGGCAGGACCAGACCCGACCGUUCGGCAGGACCAGACCCCAACCGUACGGCAGGUCUAGCUCUUGCCCGCUGGUCGCACAGCUAGUCCAGACCCCGCCUGCUCGGCAGGACCAGACCCCGCCCCCUCGGCAGGACCAGACCCCACUGAAAAAUGAAGCAGGCUUCAAUGAAGCAACGUCCCGCCCCCUCGGCAGGACCAGAUCCCGCCCGCUCGGCAGGACCAGAUCCCGCCCCCUCGGCAGGACCAGAUCCCGCCCCCUCGGCAGGACCAGAUCCAGCCCCCUCGGCAGGACCAGAUCCCGCCCGCUCGGCAGGACCAGACCCCGCCUGCUCGUAGUUCAGACCCCGCUCCCUCGGCAGGACCAGAUCCCGCUCCCUCGGCGGGACCAGAUCCCGCCCCCUCGGCGGGACCAGAUCCCGCCCCCUCGGCGGGACCAGAUCCCGCCCCCUCGCCGGGACCAGACCUGCCCUCUCGGGGGGACCAGACCCGCCCGCUCAGCAGGUCCAGACCCUGACUGUUCGGCAGGACCAGACCCGACCGUUCGGCAGGACCAGACCCGACCGUUCGGCAGGACCAGACCCCGACCGUACGGCAGGUCUAGCUCUUGCCGCACAGCUAGUCCAGACCCCGCCCGCUCGGCAGGACCAGACCCCACUGAAAAAUGA